UUGGGGUUUUUGCGUAUUUUUUUUAUUUUUAAAAUUCUAAAUAAUUACAAAACUUAUAAAAAAAAAAAAAACCAAAAUAUUACACAUUUGUAUAAAUUAUAAAACACAAAAACACUUACAAUGAAAAUGAAACUAAUCGAUCCCGUAGUCCGUUCCUUCAAAGUGGCCAAAGUGUUUCGUGAAAACACUGACAAAAUAAAUGCCAUCGAUUUCAGUCCAAAUGGCGAACAUUUAAUAUCAUGCAGUGAAGAUGAUCAAAUUGUAAUUUACGAUUGUGAGAAAGGCACACAAUCGAGAACAGUAAAUUCGAAAAAAUACGGAGUCGAUUUGAUUCACUUUACCCAUGCCAACAACACAGCCAUUCACAGUUCGACCAAAGUCGAUGACACUAUUCGUUAUUUGAGUUUACAUGAUAACAAAUAUCUCAGAUACUUUCCAGGGCAUACAAAGAAGGUUAUUUCGUUGUGCAUAUCCCCAGUUGAAGAUACAUUCUUGUCUGGGUCGUUAGAUAAGACUUUAAGAUUGUGGGAUCUACGUUCACCCAAUUGUCAGGGUUUGAUGCACUUGUCGGGACGACCAGUGGCAGCUUAUGACCCCGAAGGUCUUAUAUUUGCUGCUGGUGUCAAUUCUGAAUCAAUUAAACUCUACGAUUUGCGAUCCUUCGACAAAGGACCCUUUGUCACAUUCAAAUUGAAUCAAGAAAAAGAAUGCGAUUGGACGGGAUUGAAAUUCUCUCGGGAUGGCAAAACCAUUCUUAUUAGCACAAAUGGGUCUAUUAUCCGACUCGUUGAUGCCUUCCAUGGAACUCCAUUGCAAACCUUUACAGGCUAUCCCAAUAACAAGGGAAUACCUAUUGAGGCCAGUUUCAGUCCCGAUUCCCAGUUUAUAUUCUCAGGAAGCACCGACGGACGGGUGCACGUUUGGAAUGCAGAUACAGGCUACAAGAUGUGUGUACUUAAUGGAGAUCAUCCGGGUCCGGUACAAUGUGUACAGUUUAACCCGAAAUAUAUGAUGUUGGCGUCGGCGUGCACCAACAUGGCCUUUUGGUUGCCCACUUCUGAGGAGGGAUUGUAGGAAUAAAAAGCGAAAAUAUUUGUAUUAUUAUUUUUCUAAAAAAAUAAAUCGACAGUUUAGAAGAA